AUGAAUAGUUUAUAUUCAGAUUUCCCUCAUUGGGAUAUCUCCAUUGGUGGAUGUGCUGAUGGAAAUAUUGUAUUAUAUAAAAUGAAUAAUAUUAUUCAAACUUGGAAAGGCUAUCAACCUAAUGGAAGAAUUGUUCCAAUUAAACCAUUUGAUAAAGACUUUCAAAAAUUUGUUUCUGGAAGUGAAGAUGGAACAAUUAAAAUUUAUUCUGUUGGAAAUGAAGAGCCCCAACAAAUUAAAAAAGAGUUAACUGGUUCAAUAACUUCUAUAGAUUGCAAUGAUACUCAUAUUGUUAUUGGAGGUGUUGAUCCAUUUAUUUCUCUCAUACAAAAGUCUUCUUUAAAUUGA